AGACAUGCGUAGAAGUAGUUGUGCUGUGGCUUGGGAGUACGAAGGACUCUGUGUAUAUAAAUAUGAGGCACCCGUUGCAUAAAUAUUGAAACAUGACCGUCUUUCGACUGAUAAAUGCAGGAAUGCCUGAUGUGUGAGUUUAUCGGCUCAAAAGGUCUCAAAACGCGAUACGCUCUCCGCUCGAGAGAUGCUGUCGGGCUCCAUCGUAGCAUUUGAAUUUGCUGAGACAACUCCAACAACAAUGGACGAAAACUUAAGCAGAGGAUACAUACAGUUAGGGAAAGCUCGCACAGCAAAUGACUUCAGAUUUACAAAUGGUUUCAGCCAUCUCUCGCCGCCAAUUGAUAAAUGUAAUUGCAUAUAUUUUGCGCUUGUAUUGGCUGGUGUCGGAUUUCUUCUUCCUUAUAACAGCUUCAUUAUUGCCGUGGAUUAUUUUCAAGCUCGUUAUCCUGGGACUACCAUUGUGUUUGACAUGUCAUUAGUUUACAUUGUGAUGGCAUUUUUUGCCGUGCUUGCAAAUAAUGUUUUAGUUGAAACAUUGUCCUUGGACACCCGGAUCACAUUUGGUUAUCUGGUAUCAUUCAUAACAUUAUUUUUUGUAGCGGUAUGUGAAAUAUGGUGGGAAGCAUUUGGAGCAUCUACUUCAUAUACUAUAAAUCUAGUAGCUGUUGCUGUUGUUGCUCUUGGCUGCACAGUACAACAGUCAAGCUUUUAUGGGUAUACUAGUAUGCUUCCAAGCAGGUAUACACAAGCUGUAAUGGCUGGAGAAAGUGCAGCCGGAUUUCUUGUGUCCAGUAAUCGCAUUAUAACGAAGUUGCUGCUAGAUGAUCAGCGCGUGAACACUAUUAUCUUCUUUGUGAUGUCAGUGGCAAUAAUAGCAUUGUGCUUUGGACUGCAUCAGGUGGUUAAGAGGACAGAUUUUGUACAGUUUUAUAUAACUCUUUGUAGAGAAUCACGUAAGAUUGUGCUAGAGCCAACAGAGGAUGUUGGUUUGAUGGACACUUUGGAUCAAAAUGACACUGCUACAAAAAGUCAGUAUGGUGUUCUGAAGCUGCAGCAGAGUCCAUUAGCCACAGAUUCGGGCACAAGCAGCUCAGACAACAACCUAGGUGUAGGAGGCUCUGGCAGUGGAGCUUUCAGUUUCUGCAAUCCUGUGUAUGAACCCACAGGCACUGGAGUGGGAGCUACAGCAGCUGUUGGAGGCACCACUACAUAUAAAGUUGAAGAUGUUGUAGUACGCAUGCGUUCCACUUACAGUAGCCACCCAUCGACUGGGAAGGCAUGGGGAGGUUUAAAGAGAGGACUUCUUGCUAGAUGGGAGGUUGCAAAAACAAUAUGGACUUACAUGCUGUCUAUUGGCCUUGCGUAUUUUGUUACUCUCUGUCUGUAUCCUGGCAUUGAAUCUGAAAUUGUGAGCUGCACACUAAAAAGUUGGAUGCCAGUUGUUCUCAUGGCCAUCUUCAAUGCUGCAGAUUUAGUAGGAAAAGUCCUGGCAUCUAUCCCAUAUGACUGGUCACGCACACAGCUUAUUGUUUUUGCAUGGGUUCGAACAAUGCUGGUCCCACUGCUUCUCUUGUGUACAACUCCACGUGGAAGCCCUGUUAUUUCCGGAGAAGGCUAUCCAAUGUUAUUCUCACUGAUACUGGGAAUCACAAAUGGAUUAGUGGGAAGUGUACCUAUGAUUCAGGCUCCUAGCAGAGUCUCAGAAGAACACCGUGAACUAACUGGUAAUAUCAUGACUUUAUCGUACAACAUUGGACUGACUGCAGGCUCACUUGUUGCCUAUCUACUUGAUGCAAUAAUAGGGCCACCACUACCAGGCAAUGGAUGUAAAAUUCACACUCAUUAUCAGAACAGAUCAAGAGCAACACUAGUGUCAAGUGUCACUAAAGCAAACCAUAAUAUUACAAGCACAGUUCCAACAACACUCUUGUCCUCUGUUGCCGGUGCCACUGAAUCUUCAGCAGCAAAUGUCAGUACUCUUUUGCUAGCUACCAUUACUAGUACUGUAAUAGCCUCUGUUUCUCAGGUAGUAAAUAUGCCUACAUCUGAGUCACCUGUUCUGAACUAUGGAAAUGUGUCAACAGGAUUUUCAACAUCUUUAGAGCCUUUCUAGUUUAUUUUUCAUGCUCCAAAAGCAAGGGCUGUCUAGCAUGAUAACUAAUGUGUAUUAAUAGUGUGUCCAAACUGCAGUUUUUUGAGAGAGACUGAUCAUAUUUUUUGUCUUCCUAUCAUUAUCUCACUUUUUCAGAUUUACAUGCAUAUUAGUUGAUGUGCUGACAAUGAUUUCUUAUUUGAAAGAUAUACAAUAGAAAUAUUGCAUCAGUUUGAUAUAUAUGUUGAGUAAUGUUUUCUUUCAGAUUUUUAAAAUGUGCAUUAUAUGGAAUUAGUUCAGUCUCUCAAGUUAUUGGUGGCAUUAAAGUACUGUAGAUGCAUCAUUUUUUAAGAAGAAAAGAAGAACAAAAUUACUAUGUUUUGAUGAAUCCUUUUGUUUUUGCAAUAUAAAUUUAGAACACUUUUAUCAUUACAAAAGUACAGUGUUCAGUCCAAAAGGUUAUGUUUUGUAUAUAUGUCCAACAUUCAGUUGGUGUAGUACCCAAGUUAUUAGGUACAGACAGAAUAUGGUACAUUUAAUGAAUUCUAAACAGGAGUUCUGCUGCCUGCCAUUUACAUUGCUGUAAUUGUAUUUUUUUCUUUUAUUUUUAUUUAUUUAUUUAUUGUGGUUUAUGAGUAAAAAAUAAGCACAAGAAGUCUUAUGAGCAGAGCAUUUUUGUCAGGUAUUUAAUAUUUUGGAAUCCAUCCAUUAGCAACAUUUGUGACUAGGCUGCCAAUCUCUCUCUCUCUCUCUGCCUGUGUGUGUGUGUGUGUGUGUGUGUGAGAGAGAGAGAGAGAGAGAGAGAGAGAGAGAGAGAGAGAUGGAAGAGUGGGAGGUAUUCUUCAUGUGUCUCAGAAGUUAGCAAACCUGACUAAAAAUAGUUUUUCUCUAUUGGUCCUUCUCUUAUAAAUUCUUCAGCUAUUGUCACAAAGGCAUUUUCAGUACAAAAAUUAAUAUAGGUUUGUACAUUUAGACAGAACAUUGGAAAUUUAUUUUUAGACAUGAAGUUAAAGACUUUAUAAAUAAUCAUGAAGUACUGAGCAGAAACAUAACAAGAAAUAAAUCAGAAUGUGCCACUAAAAGUUUUAAUAUCCACAGAUAUUGAAAAAUUAGAUUGCCUCUACCAUUAAUAAUGAAGUGAAGCAAAAAAAGUUGAAUAUUGCAAAGUUGUCAGAGAAGAAAUGAUUCAAGACUCUCACUUAAGAAUGGUGUACAAGAGGUGGCAAAACAGCCUUUCACAUACCCUGAUAUUUUGUAAGCAUUUCACUGUUACUGCUUUAAGUUAGUGUCUAAUUAAAGAAAACCAGCCUAUUUUGUCUGUCUUUAUAUUGUGUAUAUGCAUAGGGAAGACUAUGUCACAUUUCUCUUUGUCCAGUGUUAGAAACUUUUUACUGCUUGUAAUAAGUCUGUGAGGCUAGCUCUGACAAAAAAUUAGCAAAAGAUAUGUGUCAAUAAAUGUAUUUUGUUGUGCCUUUUUGUCAUAGUACAUGAACAGUGGUGAUUUAUGUUUUAUUCUUCUGUUUUUAUAGUUCUCACAUGACUAUUGAGAUAACACAAAUAUUACUAUGGAAAAAUGUUGACUAAUGCCAACAGAGAAAGCUACUUGUUUGAAUUUCAAUAUGAAAAUUGAUAAUAAACUGAAUUUAAAUUGUUAAAGAGGGGUAGCUUGCAACUUUUUGUUCCUUUUCCCCUAUUAAAAAUUUACCAACAUAUAUUUUUGUGACUGGCUUCAUUUCUUGCUAAACUUGUAUGCACUAUUUUAUCCAUUUAUGGACUAAUUUUUUAGAUGUACAGUAUCAUUAUUACAGAAUAUGUAUAGGUUGGUCUCCACUUUGUACCAGUUUCUGUUGUUGACUAACAUAAAUAUUUAAUUAUGCCCAGUUUUUCAUAUGUAAUGUAGAAUAUCUCUACACUAAAUAAUACCCUGUUCUUGGUGAUGUACAUGUACAGUAAUCGUAGUGAACAUGUAUUUGCAGCUGUCUGUUACCUUUCAUUUGUCAUGACUCAUAUCAGUUAAUGUUAUCAUCAUCAUCACAACCACCAUCAUCAUUAACUACUACUACUACUACUACUACUACUACUACUACUAUUAUUUGUGUCGUUAGCAUUGUUGUAUUUAUCCAGAACUAGAUGUAAAUAGGUUAAAAUUGACCCACACAGUAUAUUUUGAAAAUCUAGUUUCAUUUAUUUUUUAUAUAUUAGUGAAGCAUUUCAUCAUGAAUGAACCAAAUGUGUGCUUUUUUGAUGGUAUCAGAUGUAUAAAAUAUGCUGCUUCUUAGUCUGAUAUGUCUGGUUUGUAUCUGCUUGAUAUACUGUAAAUCUUUACCAUAUCAUGAAAAGAGCCAUGUCAACAUGUUUAAAACAAAUGUAACUCUGUUUUCUGUCAACAACAUGGCUUUUUUUGCAUCAACAAAGCACUAAAUAAUACCAUGUUCUUGGUGAUGUAUAUGUACAGUAAUUGUAGUGAUCAUGUAUUUGAUUUGUCACAUAGUUAAUAUACAUAAAAACCAUUGUGUGUCACUAGCUAAAAAUUUAAGUGAAUCUUCUUCAGCAUUAAAUUGUGUAACAUUUUGAACAGCUAAUGAAAGUACAACCAAGCCAAAGAUACACACACACACACACACACACACACACACAUAUAUAUAAUGGGCAAUAAAGUAAAUGAAUUGCACUUAAUUAGUAGAAAUAUUUGUCAGUGACAAAUAUUAUAUUGUGAUGUAAGGUCAAAUGGAAAAAACUAUAGUAUUUUGCCUGUCAAUUUCAGGUAAUUGUGUU